GCGCCGGCGCGUCACCGCGGCCGGAGGCCCGGAGCGAUGGCAGCAGGGGCAGUCAGGCAGUCAGGCAGUCAGGACAGAGAACAGGUGCAGAGCUGGGUGGAAAACAGGUUCGGGCUCCGACACGGGGAGCGUAGCCAGGGCGGGACUUUAAGCUUCUUCGGGACGUGGGCCGGGCGCGCGGGGAAGUGACGUAAUAGGCGAAAUGACGUGUCCCGGCGUGAGGGGCGCGGCUAGGCACAAGGGGGCGUGGCCAAUAUGGCCGCGCGCCUGAGCCUCUCAUCCCGGUAGCGAACAGAGUGGUUCCCGCUCUGGGGAACGUUCGGUGCCCCGUCCUGGAGCUAGAGGGGAAGAACCUACCAAAUACAGACGCUGUUGGUGGCUGUAAUUCUUUGUGGCUCUGGUCAUCUCCACUCUGCUGCUUAAAAGUCUUGCUGGAGUAUGGAGAGAAGUUGGAAGUCUCUGGUGAAGGAAGCUUGUCCACACGCUACCCAUAAGCUGCCCCUGCACAUCCCUCAGAACGGUCUCUGUUCUCAGCCUGCACUGAAGUCCACAGUGAACCAAUGUUCCCCAGCCCCAUGCCCCCACUCUCCCUUCUGGGUCCUGAUAAAGAGCUACACUGUUCUUGAGUAUUUUGGAAAUGAAAACCUUUCAACUUUCUAGGGCUUUCCUACUUCACUCAGAAAUUGUAAACUCAAUGCCAGGUCUGAAAUGCACCUAAAGGCUGAAAGCAGCAAGGGCACCAUUUCUGUGCCUGUGCACGCCUGCCCCGUUGUCCCUGGAGCCAGGCAAAAGGCUGCCACCACUCGUAGUUGGAAUACAAUGAGUUGCGUUCCUUUUGACUGAAUAUGAAUAUUGAGGAAAUCUGAUGGAAGGAGGGAAAUGCAUUUCAUAUCAUUCCACUGGAGCAAUUAGUGCGCUGGAGCAAUUGCAGUGCGCUAAGCAAUUAUAGAAAUGUAACCUUUGGCAACCCUAUAUUGGGAUCAUAGAGAAGAAGUGGGUGAGAGGAGCAAGCUGAACUUUCUCAGUCAAGAUAAGGAAACAUAACUUCUAAUUUAAAUUUCAGAGAAUUGCAAAAACGCUGUCUUCCUUUCUAAAUCAAAAGGCAAGAAAGUGAAGGGUCCAUCUGAUAAGAAUCAAGGAAUUUUUCUUCAACGCAACUGUAACCUUUAGUAGGUUUUUGUGCUUUGUUUUUUGGGUUUUUUUGGUGUUUUGCAUAAGUACAAAUGGCUUAACCAGGCAGAGUUGAAGAGCCAAGGCAUUUAAUAAAUACACAAUCUACAAGUGAUUCUAAAAGGCUGUUAGAAUCUGUUCAUUCACACAUUUCUGUCUGCAAAACAGCAGAUAAGGACGGUGUAAGUAAAACCCAAGAGCAUAUAUGAUCAGUGAUAGCAAAGGGCAUGUAGCAUAGAAAGCUUACCUUCCCUAGGGCCCAUCCAGCUCAUGGUCACACCUUUCCUGUGCCUGUACAACAAAAUAUAACUUAUUGAGAAAAUGUAUUCUACAUUUAUACGUUCCAGGGUUCACCUGGGGCCUAUUUAAUAAUGAGUAUUAGUUUAUUUGUAAUGCUAAAUUUUGCAGUUUAUAGUCUAGGUGCAAAUUCAUAAACGUUUUUCUGAUAAGCAUCUUUCUUUCCGAAGCACAUACCUGGACAUUAAUAAUCUCACAUAUUGUUACACGUAUUGUAGCCUAGCAUUAGCUAAAUUAAGUUUCUUUCUAUUAGGAUUUCCCUGGAACCCACCUUGCCCCUGACCUUCCAUGCUCCAUUCCUUCCUUGGUUGCCUUUGACCAUUCCUUCUCCAUCUCUUGGCCUCCUUAAUCACUCCAUUUUGUUGGUCUCUAUACACCUGUUACCCCUGGGGGGAGGGGAUGUUCCUUCUCUCUCUAGCCUCACAACCUCUCUUGGGCACCAGAGCUGCACUGCCAACUCUCCCUAGACCUUUCCUCUCGCCUGCCCCCUUGGCACCUCAAACCCAAUAGAAUUAGUAGUAAGAGUGCCAUCUUUCCCUCCCCGCCAGCUCCUGUGCCGGGUUCUGUUUCUUUGUUCAGGGGUUCAUCCUCGUUCUACCAUGAGGUAGAAUAUUCUACCAUAUUUCCUCACUUGAAUUACUGGAAUUUCAUUUCAAACUCCACAUGCCCAAAUCUGAGCUGCUGAUUUCCCACCCAAAACCUUUUCCAUACACAGUCUUCCCAUCUCAGUUCGUGGCAAGUCCAUCCUUGCAGUUGUUUAGGCCAAGCAUCUGCCAGUCAUCUCUGACUGCUUUCUUUCACAUCUUACGGGCUGUAUCCCCAAGAUACAUCCAGUACCCAGCCACUUCUCACCACGUCCACUGUGACAUCCUUAGUUCCAGCCCCUGGAUUAUCCUGAAUGGGCUCCCUGCUUCUUUCUUUCAUCCUGGUCAGUUUCCAGUAGGGCACUGUGAAUGAGCUUUUUAAAAUGUAAAUCAAUUCACAUUCCCACCAGCAGUGCAAGAGUGUUCCCUUUUCUCCACACCCUCUCCAGGAUUUAUUGUUUCUAGAUUUUUUGAUGAUACAGCCACUAUGGAGAACAGUAUGGAGGUUCCUUAAAAAACUGCAAAUAGAACUACCAUAUGACCCAGCAAUCCCACUACUGGGCAUAUACCCCGAGAAAACCAUAAUUCAAAAAGAGUCAUGUACCAAAAUGUUCAUUGCAGCUCUAUUUACAAUAGCCUGGAGAUGGAAGCAACCUAAGUGUCCAUCAUUGGAUGAAUGGAUAAAGAAGAUGUGGCACAUAUAUACAAUGGAAUAUUACUCAGCCAUAAAAAGAGACGAAAUUGAGCUAUUUGUCAUGAGGUUCCUUCAAGUUACUUGGGAGCUGAUCAAGACUUCAAGCUAAAGAUGGUGAUGAUGAGUCGCCUGAGGGUCAUUCUUCAAGCCUCUCCAUGCAAGGCACAGUGGAGAAGGUUCCAGAUUCCGAGGUCCAUGCUAGCAAGGCCCUGCAGCCUCUACACCUGUACUUAAAAAACCCGGAACCGAGCCUUGCACCCUCUCUGGGAGAGCGUGGACCUGGUCCCGGGGGGUGAGCGCCAGUCGCCCAUCAACGUCCGGUGGAGGGACAGUGUCUACGAUCCUGGCUUAGAACUGCUCACCGUCUCUUACGACCCGACCACCUGCCUCCGCGUCUGGAAUAACGGGUACUCUUUCCUCGUGGAACUUGAAGACUCUGCAGAUAACUCAGGCAAAUAUCAUAAAGAGCAACAGAAACUGGUGGAUACUACGGCUUCAAUUACGCAUUAGGACAUGCUUGUGGAAUUUGGGUCAUUCGACCCUUCCUGUCUGAUGCCUACCUGCCCAGAUUACUGGACCUACUCAGGGUCCCUGACUAUCCCGCCACUCUCUGAGUCUGUCACUUGGAUCAUUAAGAAGCAGCCCAUAGAGGUUGAUCGUGAUCAGCUUGAGCAAUUUCGGACCCUGCUCUUCACUUCUGAGGGGGAGAAAGAGAAAAGAAUGGUGGACAACUUCCGCCCCCUUCAGCCCCUAAUGAACUGCACUGUCCGCUCAUCCUUCCCUCACGACUAUGUGCUGAACAUACAAGCAAAACCCAAGUCGUCUACCAGCCAAGUGACCCCCUUAGACGCCAUUAUCUAGGUGGUAUCUUGCUUAAAUAUAUACUAGUUCUUUAAAAAUUGCUAACUAGACUCUUCUAAAUGCCUACAUUUAAUAAUUAUGGAUGUGCCUUUCUUGGUAUGGCAGCGCUCCUUAGUCUUUGAGGGAAGCUCUUUGGUAAACAAAUUCUUACUUUUAUUGAUAAUGAUGUUUAUCAUUAAGUACCAGCAAGAGACACAGAUUUCUCUUAUAGCAACCUGCUGGUAAUUGUAAUGUCUUUCUAUGUGUGACAUUUUUGAGCUGUCUUUUUACUGAUAUGUUUAUCAAUUGGUGGUUCUACAGAGUUAUAAGUAGGGAUGAUAAUCAAAAUAUUUAACAACUGGUAAGGCACAGACACUGAGCAUCCAGAAUGCAGGCUUUUCAGAAACAGCCACAGGACCCAGAUUGGUACUUCUUGGCUGAACAUUGGCUAUGGUUUUAGGUAUAUUUUAUUUUAAAACAUGAAUGAGUAUUCUUUUAUAAGGCCUUCUCAAUGGGUAUAUUUGCCUCGAUUUUCACUUGUCAUUACUAGUACAGGACAUGAUUACUUACUAUCAAUUUAUAAUAUAGAAAAAAUAUUUUGUGAGCUUCCUUGGCGGCGGAGUGGUUAAGAAUCUACCUGCCAAGUCAGGGGACACGGGUUUGAGCCCUGGUCUGGGAAGAUCCCACAUGCUGAGGAGCAACAAAGCCCGUGCGCCACAACUACUGAGCCUGCGCUCUAGAGCCCGUGAGCCACAGCUACCGAGCCCGCAUGCCACAACUACUGAAGCCCGCCCGCCUAGAACCCGUGCUCCGCAACAAGAGAAGACACCGCAAUAAGAAGCCCGCGCACCGCAACGAAGAGUGGCCCCCGCUUGCCACAACUAGA